GCGUCUCAGUUGUGUGAUCGGCGGCGAUGUGUUAAGAUGAGUGCGACCAGUAACGGAGUGCCCGGCAAACCCGCGGUGUCGGCGGCUACCCCUGCGAGCUACCACUACACCAGCAGUACCAGCUUGUUGGCCGCGGCCAGCAAACCCACCCCGCCACCCACGUUACCAAAGUACUCGACAGGGUCACCAGCUAGUUACCGCCUGGCGGGGCUGGAGCGUCUAGCCAACAGGCAACGGCUCUUCGACCAGCCCACCUCCGGCACAGGGGCCGCAGCAGACCCCUUGUUGCAGAGUAAGCGAGAGCUAUUCUUCAAAAAUGAGUUACCAAACGCGGGAAGUACGCCACCUGCUGCCCCCGCCACCGCCCCUGCUGUGCCACCCCCGGCCGCCCCCACUCCCAAUAACAUCAAGGAAGCACUGGCUAAACGGGCUACUGACAGAGUGACCACGCCAUCAGACGGGACCGGAGAUGUAGAAAAACUGACCAAAGCUGAGAGAGAUAAGGUGGUACCGGAGAGACGGACCAAGGAGCUGGAUGGGUACGUCGGUUUUGCCAACUUGCCGAACCAAGUAUACCGGAAGGCUGUCAAGAAAGGUUUUGACUUUACGCUCAUGGUUGUUGGUGAGUCAGGGCUGGGAAAGUCGACGCUGAUAAACUCCAUGUUCCUGGCGGACAUCUACAGCAAUGAUCACCCAGGGCCUUCGCAACGGGUGAAGAAGACCGUGCAGGUAGAGACAAGCAAGGUUCUGCUCAAGGAGAAUGGAGUUAACCUGAUGCUGACUGUGGUUGAUACACCGGGCUUUGGAGAUGCCGUAGACAACUCCAACUGCUGGCAGCCCAUAAUUAACUAUAUCGAAUCCAGAUAUGAGGAGUACCUGAAUGCAGAGUCACGAGUUAACCGCAAGGCUAGCCAGCCCGACACGAGAGUACACUGCUGCCUGUACUUUGUAGCACCAUCUGGCCACGGUCUAAAGCCCCUGGACGUAGAGUUCAUGCAGAGACUCCAUGAGAAGGUUAACAUCAUCCCUGUGGUGGCCAAGGCAGACACGAUGACCCCCGAUGAGUGCACGCAUUUCAAGAAACAGAUUCUGAACGAAAUUGCUCAAAACAAAAUAAAAAUCUACGAGUUCCCUGAAACGGAUGAUGACGAAGAAUCCAAAUUACAUAAGGCACUAAGGGAUAGAGUUCCUUUCGCUGUUGUGGGAUCUAACACUGUUAUUGAAGUGGACGGCAAGAAAAUCAGAGGGAGGAAGUACCCUUGGGGUAUUGCUGAAGUUGAAAAUCUGGAACAUUGUGAUUUUAUUGCUCUCCGCAACAUGUUGAUUCGUACACACCUGCAGGACUUGAAGGAUGUCACCAACAAUGUGCACUAUGAGAACUUCAGGUGUAUCAGUUUGGCUGGCCACGGACCUGAUGGGAAACCCUCUCGCAUAUCCAACAAGAACCCUCUGGCACAGAUGGAAGAGGAGAAGCGAGAGCAUGAUGCCAAGCUUAAGAAAAUGGAGACCGAGAUGGAGCAGGUGUUUGAGAUGAAGGUUAAGGAGAAGAAACAGAAACUUAAAGAUUCAGAAGUGGAUUUGCAGAGACGGCACGACCAGAUGCGCAAGGCACUGGAGGCCCAGGUGUCAGAACUGGAGGAGAAGAGGAAGGCUUUGGAGGCAGAGAUUGCUGCCUGGGAGAGCUCCAAUGGCGUCAGUCUGGAUGAACUGCGGAGACGGAGUCUGGAGAGAGAGUUCCCCAAGCGAGUGAUGAGCGCUGCGGUCGCUCGGCGCCACUCGUUCCAGCACCGCAGUGAGUGCAAGCAGCAGUAGCCACCUCACGCUCGCUCAUGUCCGCCUCACCGUCUCAAGUGCCUCCUCUCAGACUUUGUGUUUUUGUCACUGUAUGUUGCUUGGCAUUGAUUACAGACUGUAAUUGAAUGAAUGUCUACCAAAUUCAAUUUCAAAACUAAAUUUAAUUUACCAUCAGCCGAUAGUUCAAUGUUGUGAGUUUAUGCAUCACUUUGAAACUAGUGAUGUUACAUAAUUUUAAAGGCUUAGUAUCAGAUUAGUAAUCUUUACAUAGUAAAAAAUGUAUCUGGAAUCCUCACAAUUUGGUAGAGCAAUGUCAAGCAAAUGGUUUUGCUGGAUUAAAAGGAAAAUAAUUAACUGUGUAAAUUGUUUCAUUGCAAAUAUUCACUUUAUAACUGGUGCUCAGUCAUAAGAAUUGGUUUUCUGUGUGGCAAUAGAAAAAUUUAGUUGCCAGAUGUCCAGGGCAGAAUUAAUAAAGCCCUAUUUGUAAUGUUGGGAAAAGGGUGAAUAAAUAACAAAAACAUUGAAAAUUCUGAAAAAAACUAAAUAUGAAUAAAUGAAAUUACUGUGUUCUCUCUGGUGUUUGUUUUAAUCUGAAAAUGUGACUGAAGUAUAUAUGAGUCAUCUAGGCUUUGGCCCUUAGUAGAAUAUCUCUAGCCUUAUCCUUUCUAAUGAGAGUAACUUCAUUUAUUUUUGGCAGUCAUUUUGAGUUAUUAUUUGUCAAUGAAGUGAUAAAAAAUAAUCUAUAAUAAGGAGACUAUGUUUGGGAAAUGUAACACGUUUAGUGAAAAAUGCACAAAAACACACUUUUUACAGUGAAGUAUUAGUUAUCUGAUAAUAGAAAUUUAAAGGAUAUCUCUAUCAUCCUAGUUUUCUGUUCAACAUCAUGUCGAACAAUUGCUAACACUAAUAAUCGUGAGAUAUAUUCACCUCGCUUUGGUGAGUCAUCUCAGUCUAUAAAGGAUGCUAUUUAGAAAUGGUAUCAAAAUUUCUGUCUACAACAAACAUUUUUUCAAAUGUAAAGUAAUUGUUAUUUUUUUAGUUUGUUGCCACUAGAUGAUUAGAGCUGUGCAUUUUGUGUCAUUAUGUUAAUAUUAACUAUUAACUAAGUAUGGUUUGAGAACUGAAUAUUUUAAAUUAUCAAAGCACAAUUUUUCAUUUAACUGAAAAUGACAUUCAUUACAAAAUUUUAAAAUAUACUUGUAAUCAGUGCCAACAAAAUUAAUAGAUUGUUGUAUUCCUCAAUGUAAUGUGUAAUAACUUUUCACAUUUAAUGCUUGUUGUUAGCGAAACGUAUUCUAUGUUAUCGUGAAAAUAAAAUACUAGAUGGGGGUUCAAAAAUAUUUCUUUAAUAAUUUUUGAUUUAUUGUUGUUUGAUCAUUGACCUCAUAUUUAAGAUUUUUGUAUUUAUACAGUUAAAGCUUUAUGUUAUGUCUCACAUAAACUUUAACUCUGUUUUUAUGUAGUGUGUUUUUAAGAAUUUAAGAAGUGUAAUCAAUGUAACAUUAAGCUUUAUAGUUUAUGGUUUGUAUUCUCUAAUAAUGUACAACCAACUAAUAUUUCCUCAAUCAUAUUAUUGUAGAAAUAUUCACUUAUAACACAGUGUGUUAGUUUGAUGUAAUAAGAACAUCACAUUAUGUGGGGAUAUCGUUGACAUUUUGUAAAUUGUAAUAUUGUGUUUUUGGUUGACUCUUCAUUCCACAUUCACCGAUCACUCUAUGCAUUUCAAUUCUUAUGUAAAUAAUAGAACUCAUGCUGGUAAUGAGAAGAAAUAUCCAGUCAACAUAAAACUUGAUUAUGGUGUGUUGUAAAUUUGAGAAGCUUUGUUCUGUAGUAUUUUAACUGAUCAGAAUAAGCUUAAUCUGUGUGGCAUUUACCGACACCAGUUACCUUAUAAUCAUUAUAUAAAUAUUACUCAAGAAAUAAUAUGAUCAUCUUCACAUAUAAUCAAAUCCAUCUUCUAAUAUCAUAUUCCAUUUCUCUAUUAACAGAGAUUAAGUCCAUCAUAAUUAAUUUGUUUACAUGAAAAAAUUAAUGACAACCUAAUAAACUGUGAUGGAAAUUUAAUGUUACAAUUUAAAUUCCGGAUUCAAAUAUCUGUAUUGCGACCAUUUAAUACUCAAAUUGUUUUUACUAAAUAAGUGAAACUGUUUUUGAGAUAACUCUAUAACAGUGUAAAAUAACCUAAGGCUUAGAAUACAUUUAACUGUACAAGUAAAGUAUUCAGUUUUUUUCUUUCUGUAGUUAUUAUAAUCAGAAUAUUCUUUAGUCAAAAAAAUAAUACGUUAAAUGUAUGUGAAUAUCAGCAUGUACAGAAUAUGCCCAUUAGAACAAUCCAUGUAUUGAGUAUAAUGCCUUUUAUUGAUUAGGUAGUUUUUCAAUUCUGUUUUAAACUUUAUACAGCUCUCCUCACUUGUAAUUUCUCUGAGAAACUUUUUCAAAACUAACUGCAGUGAUUAUUAUUGAUUGCUAUUAUUAAUAAACACUUUGAUAUUCCUUACCAUCGUUUCUACAUUCCAACACACACAGGUCAUUAUAUGUUAUAAUUCUGUAUUGGGGGGAAAGAUGCUCGAUAAAAUCUAUUUACUUAAAUUCUAAAAUGCUACUUUUUUGUCUCAACAUUUUUCCAAAUUCUGUUUGCUGGUUCCACUGUGCAUGCUUAUAUGAAAAGUGAGUUUUCAGUGAACCCAUUGCAUAGUAAAUAACCAAUAAAUAUUCUAUAUCACCUUAACUUACUUUUGUGCAUGAAUACAAUGAAUCUGUCAAACUGCAUUUUUCUAAAUUAAGAAUCCUUACCGUAUAUGGUCUAUAUAUUUUUCAAACUAUCAUGCUUGUGCAUAUGUGUCACAUGAUAGUCUGUCUAUUAAUCACAUGAGUGUUAUUCAAAAAUACAUUUUUAUUGAAUAAAAGGCCAAAAACCUUAGUACUAUUAAUAUGAUUAUGAUGAUAACAUGAGUGACAUUUAUACCCAAUAUAUAUUUCUAUCCAGUAAAAGGAGUUUUUAUUGAGAAGAAAAUCAUAGGACUAUUAUUAUGAUUAUCAAUAUCAAUUUUAAAAUGUUAGGUUUCAGACAUUUUAAAAAUUUUUUCCUAAGAAAAAUAAUGUGAUUUAUUAGAAUUCAGGAGCAAAUUAUUUUAUUUGGACAAAAUCAAGAUAAGAUGAUAUUUUUACAUUUUCUUUUGCUUUACUUUUUACUAGUACGUUAGUAUUACCAGCAUACAUGCAUAAUUCAAAUGUAUUGAUAUAUUUUAGAAAUUCUUGAAUGUAACAUAAAAACAACAAAGAACUGAGAUAGAAUAUUGUGGUAAUCAUGUUUUUUACAAACUAUACUUGCAAAACAAAAUUUAUACAGAACUAACUCCUUUUAGCAUAGUCCCAUAGUAGGGAGUUUACGUAUUAACAUUUUAUGCAAGACACUAUUAAAAUCAUAGAAAUAUCUAAAAAAUAUUCUUAUAUUUAGAACAGUCUUAUUAGCUGUGACAAUUCAUUUUCUAGAUCUGAAGCCAUGUUCUGUUUCAAAGAGUUAAUUUGAGUCCAAAUAUUUUAAUAAUUACUAAUAGACACGGGACUCGGACACAGGAAGUUUAUUGAGAAGGAGGAAAGAGAAUUGAUAUGGGUUUAAAACUAUAAUAUCUUGAGUAGCCACCUUUUUUAUAUCAGAAUUCAUUUGGCAAUGUUUUAAUGUUUCAGGAACAUAAUGUGAUAUAAAAGAUAAACUAGUUAUGAGUCAGUUAUUUAGUAAUUAACACUACACAAUAUCUUUAUGACUCUUAUUGAUAAUUCAUCGUAACCUGUAAAACAUUUGUUUUGAAAAUACAUAAAAAAUAGAUUUGUAUUAAAUUUUUGGAAUAAUUUUCUCUUUGAAUAUUCUUAUGGGAAACCAGUCACUACAGUAAUUUGUAGGUGGAGAGUUAAAAUAGUAACACUAAAAUUUAGGACCUAAAAAUGGAGUGUCAUAAAUCAAAGAAUCAAAAACAUAGUUUUCAACCUCUUCGUGUGGUUUAAAAUAAGAUCCUACCCUGAUAUUGAAUAUAUAAAACUAAUUAUCAAUGAAAUCUCAUUUGUCACACAUAAUUUAUAUAAUAUUUGUUCAUACACAGUUUUUGUUCUGUUUUUAAACAUUUAUGUAAAAAGUGUAUAUGAUCCAUCAAAUGUUCGGAAAAUUUGAAUAAACACCAGUUGGUUCUUGGUUGUAAAAAUUCACAUUUCUGUAUGGGUGAUAAUUAUUACCCGUUAUUACCAUUAAUUUUUAUUUGUCUUGAUCAUUAAAACUAAUAAAACUAGACAAAUGCUCACAUUUAAGAUUUUUGCCACCAACUGUUUUGAACAGUUCUGCAGAAGACAUGAAGAAUUUCAAAUGGUGUAAGAAAAUCUAUUUCUUGAGACCUAAGUUGUGUAGUUUUAUUUUUUAUUGUAAAUUGAAUAACUGAAAAGUAAUUACACUCCAACAAAUUUUAAUACCCCUGCAUAUUGUGAUUAUUCAAAAAAAAAAAUGUUGAGUAGAACAUAAAUGGUCCUUUGUGACACGUCAGCUACAGUCUCCAGAAUACUCAUAAUCAUAUCUUAGCAUUCGUAGUUUUGUACUAUUUUUUAGUUAAAGUAGUCUUGUUAUAUUUGACCUCAGUAUUGAUAUUGUACUUAAAAGACUGUUUAGGCAGGGAUCUUGUAUUAUAUUAUGAAGUUACUAAUCUAUUACUUGAAUAUUUAUUUUCUAGUUAAUAAUGAUUUAUUAUGUUAGUUAAUAGCUUUCUUAUCGUUGAAGUUGUAGUUUCUAUUAGAAUUUGUUGUUUCCUAUUUUGUUAUAUUUAUAAAUGAAUGUUGUUGUACAAGAUGUAGAAGAAUUAAUCCAAAUUGUGCCAAAUUUUCUUGUGGCUGCAAUUGGUAAAAAGAUAAACUUGAAUCUAACUAUUUUCAGGUAUUAAUAUUUAUUGAUGAACAAAAUUAAAUUCUUGAUCAUAAAAAUGCA